UUACCGAGCACUCGGCCUCCAGGACGACACUGGACAACAUGUUCUGGAAGCUGCCUCUGCUCCUGGGGCUUCUUGCUUUGGGGCCUCACGUCUGCAGCUGGAUGUUUGAGGACGUCAGGAAGACAGGGAAAGAGUUCAGCCUGUGUGUGGAGUUUGCCUUGCACCACUUCAAUGAGCACCAACCAGACGAGAAUGCAUACAAGCUGCUGUGGGUCAGACGGAGUCAGCGCAAGAAGUACUCUUUGACAUAUUUAAUGGACCUGGACCUGGGCCGCACAAUCUGUAAAAAACACGACGAAGACAUCGACAACUGCCCCUUGCAAGAAGGCCCUGAAGGGAAAAAGGUGAACUGCACUUUCAUUGUGGACUCACGGCCCUCUUUUACCCAGUUCACCCUCCUGAGCAGCACCUGCCAGCAGAUAUAGGGGAAUGAGCUCCGGACUCCCACGGCAGGUCCUCUUCCCCUGAAGAGUGAGAGUCUAGAGUCCUAGGUCUGCAUGGCACCAGGGCAAUUAAAGGCAUCUCAGAGCA